AUGAUGCCUCUCUCCUCAAUUCUGGUUAUUGAAAUUUUCGAUGUCUGGGGCAUUGAUUUCAUGGGGCCAUUCCCGAUGUCACAUGGUAAGGAGUAUAUUUUGGUAGGGGUGGAUUACAUCUCCAAGUGGGUAGAAGCAGUGGCAACAACGACUAAUGACCACAAGGUGGUGGUUGAAUUUCUUCAAAGCAAUAUUUUUAGUCGGUUCAGAAUGCCAAGGGCAGUAAUCAGCGAUGGUGGAAAGCAUUUUUGUAAUCACUUUCUUCGAGUCUUAUUUCAGAAAUAUUCCAUCUCUCACAAGGUAGGUACUUCUUACCACCCUCAGACAAGCGGUCAAGUAGAGAUUUCAAAUCGCGAGAUCAAACCUAUCCUUGAGAAGACGGUUCGACCUGAUCGAAAGGAUUGGUCAUUGCAUCUCAAUGAUGCUUUAUGGGCGUAUUGUAUAGCAUUCAAGACACCAAUUGGGAUGUCGCCAUAUCGCUUGGUCUUCGGGAAAGCAUGUCAUUUACCUGUGGAAUUGGAGCACAAAGCUUUUUGGGCCGUGAAAAAAUUGAACUUUGACAUGACUCAAGCUAGGGCUAAGAGGAGGUUGCAGCUAAGUGAGUUAGAAGAACUUCGCAAUGAUGCUUACGAAAGUGUAAGAAUUUACAAAGCUAGAACCAAGGCGUUUCAUGAUAAGCGCAUUGUGAGAAAAUAUUUUGAGCUAGGUAACAAAGUUUGGUUGUUCAACUCCAAGCUGAAGCUAUUUCCAGGGAAAUUGCGCUCAAGAUGA